UUUACUGUGUGAUGAUAAUGUAGAAGAAGUCCUUGGGUUUUGCCUGGUUGCCAAAGACAGUGUUGCGUUACUGUGAUAUGUUUUAACCGUGUGUGGGUUGGUAGUGGUUCCUGAUCUGUGGACCCCAUACAGUGCACAUUUUAUUCUUUCAGAAUUUUCUGUUGAACUGAAUUAAGUUGGGGGCUGGAUUUGUGAAAAAAUGAAAUAUAGCCGUACUGAAGACUAUAUCCAAAACCACAGCACAUAUCUACAAUAUAGUUAUAUAAUAUUAUAUAAUAUAGGCUAUUGUUUUAAAUGGGUGUUUCAUAUUUUAAUACAGGAUUAUGAAUAGGAAACCAUAUACUACAAACAUUUGAAUGUCUAAAUAAUAAUGUCUAAAUAUAUAUGUAUCGUCAUGAUACAAUAAUACUUUUGUAUUUUGUUAGACAUGUUUCUGAAUUCUUCUAACCUGUGUGUCUGAGUAGGAGUAUUCCCCUGUCAUCGUUCACCACGUAAAUCUGGUACUGUACAGGUUAGUGUAGCCUAAACCACUGUAUUGGAAGGAUAGCCGUGUUUUGUUGUGUUUAAGAUGUUUACUUUGUUGUUAAUUUUUUUUGCCAUAUCCAUAAUUAUUUUUGUAGAUUUGAACAUUAACCCUUCUGGUAAUUCUUUAUGAUGAUGAUGAUGAUGAUGAUGAAGAAUAGGAGUUAUGAACGUCUAUGCCUUGGUGUUCAUUUUGGUCACAUGGCUAUUUCCCAGUCAGCAUUGCGCAGCGUUUUCAAAGAUGGCUGACGUCGGGAGUGCAACAGGACUUGAGCGCAGGUCUUGCCUGUGAAAUACUGAGCUAAUACUCGUUUGACGCCGAAUUAACGUUUCGAAACGGCAGUGCCAGAAGUGGGGUCUUUAUUACGCGGACUACUGCGGGCCAAGAGCGAUGCCAUCUCCCAAAGCGAGAAGCGGCGGCGGCGGCGGCGGGCGCAGCGGUAGUGUUCCUGCUGGAGGUGGUGGUGCAGGAGGAAAUGGGCGCUAUGAGUUCAUGUCUCUGACCCGGACACCCUCUCACCUGCUCCAGAGGCAAGGCUCGGAUCCGACGUCCGCCAGGCUCCGUGCGUCUGAGAGCCCGUGCCGUCGUAGGGGCUCCGGUUCGUCGAGCGCGUCCACGUCGUCAGCGGGCGGUCAGCCGGUACCGGAGGAGGACUGCAUGAGGCUGAACCCGUCCACGCUCGGCAUAGCGCUGAGCUCCCUGCUCGCCGUGGACCUGUGGCUGUCCAAGCGGCUCGGGGUCUGUGCGUGCGAGGACGCGUCGUGGGGAAGCGUGCGGCCCCUCAUGAAGCUCGUUGAGGUUUCCGGCCACGGAAUACCAUGGCUGCUGGGUGCGGCCUACUGUUUGUACAAGAGUGACAGCGCUGCAGGUCAGGAGGUCACGCUGAACCUGCUCAUGGCUUUGUUGCUGGACCUGGUGCUGGUGGGUGUAGUUAAAGCUCUGGUGCGUCGCCGGCGUCCCGCCCACAACCGCAUGGACAUGUUCGCCACGUUCUCCGUGGACCGCUACUCCUUCCCGUCCGGCCAUGCCACACGGGCUGCGAUGUGUGCCCGCUUCCUGCUGGCCCACCUGGUGCUAGCCGCCCCGCUCCGCGUGCUGGUCCUGCUCUGGGCCGCCUUCGUGGGUCUUUCCCGGGUCCUCCUCGGACGCCACAAUGUCACUGACGUGGCCUUCGGUUUCUUCAUGGGCUACUUCCAGUACAACCUGGUGGAGGCACUGUGGUUGUCACCUGUUGUGCUGCAAAGCAUGAUGGGACAGCUGGAGUGAAGCCAGGACAACUGAGGUGGAAUAGGGUAUGGAAAUGUGAGAUGAAGAUAAGAGUUCAUUCCAGAAAUGUGAAGUUCUGACCCCUUCAACACCCCUCUUGCAAAGCUGGACUCUGGACUGUCGCUGGCACUACAGUAGUAAUAAUUCCACAUUGUCAGUAUAUUUUCACUUGGUGAAUCUGCCACAGUUUUGAAUCGUGUAUGUCUACUAAAUAUUUGAAAAUUAAUAUAUAAUUCCGUCGUGUAACAGCAAGCAGGACCCUACAGGUUCUGGAUCAGGCUGACUGAGCAGCAGCUCACAGAGACUGAAGAGUCUGGCUGGAUGGGUGAGGCAGAGCCAUCAGAAAGCACAGCACAUGACACAUCACGGUGUGUUCAUGAUCACCUUAAAAAAACACCAACAACCAACCUAGAGGAAAAAAGGAAAUCCAUCAAAAGCUGAUUCCAUGAAUGUAUGACACUAAUAUAAUGCUGUCUGCAACUGUAAACAUUUGAAAAAAUAAUUUGGCACUGUUUACAGCUGCCAGCAACUGCUGUACUGUAAAAAAAAAAAAAAACAAGUCUAAGUGGGAAACCUAGCUGUUUAUACGUGUGUGUUUGAAUCUGGUGAUGGAGGUGUGCGUUUGGGUCAUGUGCACCAUCAUGCAUGCUGUGAUAAGGGAGCAGCUGUGUGUGUGUGUGAGAUUCUCUCUCUCGCUCUCGCUCGCGCUCUCUCUCUCUCUCCCUCCCUCCCGAGAGAGAGCGCCAUACCCUGCCUGUUUCAGACUGAUGCAUGAAGCAGCCUGUUUUAACGGUUUAUUUUUGCCUGUAUUUUAUUGGUUGAUCUGUGAUGUUCAAAUGUCUUAUUGGCAUUUCUAAUGCCAAAUUUUCCAGGAUAAAUGUCCUUUAAUUUAAAGCUAUACAUUAUGGGGUUUUACAGUUAAGUCCAUCUUAAAUGUUUUCUCCAUCUUUUUAUAAAAGAAUUUUAAAUGUCCCAGCUUUGUACCUGGGCCAGUGGACAAGUGUGGGUUUUACUGAAUCAAGAUGACCUUAGUUGAGCAUGGAGAGUUGAAGAUGACCAACAUCUGCAUGCCCAUGUCUUUUGUGGUAUUUUGCAAUGGCAAGAUCUGAUUGGAAGAAAAAAUAAAUAAUUUAAAUUUUGUGUGUAUGAAUACAGCCACAGCAGUAUAAAGAGCCAUCUUAUGAAAACGUGCACUAUAGUAAAGUGAUGAUGACUAGUAGCUGUCCUUCAUCCUCCAUGGUCCCUGGGUUGGUCAGUGUUCUGUGAAUUCCAGUUUGAAUAUCAGCGAUUGUGGAUUUACUGCUGGCUUGGAGAGUCCCCGUGCACUUCUGUUCGUAUUACAGUUGCACAGUAUGUCGUUUGUUAAGCAUCUUAGGAAUACAGAUAUUGCUGAAAGCUGCAAUAUGCAAAUGAGCCUUCUGACAAAUGUCAGCCUUGUGUGUGGUUGCAGCAUCGCGAUUGAUCUUGGCCCAAAUUGGUGCUCUGUCAAUGUUUUGCUGAGUCAUGGCCUUUACCAGCGCUAACAAACACCGAGUAAUUUUGGGCAAAGUAUUGCGCACUAGGCAUUUCUCAAUUACAAUAUAAAGCAUCACUGAAAUGUAGUCCUUUUUCCUCCAUAUUGUGCAUCUCUAGAUCACAGCAUUGUGUUCUUUGCCAUUGGGAAGAAGCACAGAGUUCAGCGCGGCGUUUUCCAGGCAUCUGCCAGUGAACCGGCGGCAACAGCAAAGGGACUUUUAACAGGAUGCUGCGUCUGUUGCUUUUUCAACCUGGCAUCCCUGUAGGUGCCACUUGCACACGUUACUGUAUCCCUCAGCCUAUCAGUGGAGGGGAGGAGCCUCAGUAACUCCUCUCUCUCUCUCGCUCGCUCUCUCGCUCUCUCGCUCUCGCUCUCGC